GGUCAGAGUCUACGUGGUGAGGGUUGGAACCUCUAAUUCAGUUGUGCACUUUUCACCAUGGUUGAGACCCGUAGUGGGUUAGACACUAGCCCCUACACCAAGGAGCAGCAAGAGAAGGUGGCCGCCUUAGUCAAAGAGAACAGGGAGAGGAAAGAGCGUGAGAAGCAAGCAAAGUUGAAGGCAAUUGCAGACGAACAGGUGGCGAAGAUGAAGGGAAUAGAGGAGGAGAUGGAGAAAAAGAAGAAGGCUGUUGAAGAAGAAGCGGCAGUAGAAGAAGAAAAAGAAAGAAUGAGGAUUGAAAGCAGAGAAGGGAGUAGUGACACGAAGAGGGACACAGACGCUGAGAUUGAGAAGAAGAUCAGCGAGUGGUUGCUAAUUUAUCGUUGGGAGAAGAUGAGGAGGCGGAGUCCCAUGGCGGACCCUAUGGAACGAAGAGGGAGGGAAGACGAGCAGAAGCUACAAUGGAAGUUGAGAAUGAAGAGGGAGAAGAGGAGGAGGCGAGAAGAAGUGAAUAAAAUGACCGCAGCCGUGGCACAGGUGCAGGAAUGCAGAAAGGAAGUAUUGGCCCAGCCUGAUGACAAGGCCAAGUGGGACAAGAUACUGGGUUACCUGGACGUGUUGAGCAAGGCCUGGAUGGAGGAGCGCCAGGCAAGUUGGAGCCAGGAUGUAGCCUUGAGUGCCAUGCGGUCAGCGUUUAAGGAGUUUGCGCGCGAGAUCGUCACCCACAUUGGGGGCGAAGUAAAGCAAUUAAGGGACAACGUAGGGAAGUCCUGUGAAGGCACCAUUGAAGGUGCCAAAGCCAUAGCCGCUGUAGAGGGCGACGCCAAACCUCGCAAGGACCCAGUCAAGCUCAAAUUCCCAGAUGCUUAUGGAGGGAAGAAGGAGGAAAACUUUGACAACUGGGAAGCCAGUGUCAAUAGUUAUAUUUAUCUACAACAUAUCCUGACAGAUGAGAAAGUCCUCGUGGCCUUCCAGGCCCUCAAGGAUGAAGCGGCUAGUUUCGCCAGGUCUCUUGCGCGCGCAGCCGGUUGUGAAAAUAACCUGGUUGCUUACUCUAAAGUUACCCCCCUUCCUCAAUUCCUCAAGCUCCUGAAGGAGCGAUUUGCAGACCCAACGAGAGGCAUUCGUGCCUCUGACAAGCUACAAUCAAUCCACUCACGACAGUGGAGGAGUGCAAGGGCACUCAAGGGAACCAUGGACGACCUGGUGGCCGUCCCAGACCAUGGGGUCACUGAGACCCAGUUGGUCCAGUUAUUCUAUCGUGCCAUACCAGAGGCCCUGCGUGGGCAUUUCUUUGAUAAGUCUCAACAGGCCGGCAUCAUGUGUAGAGUAGGGGCCCUUAUAGAUUCAGGGGCCACCCGCAGUUAUAUUAGCCGUAGGGCGCUGAAGAAGUUGAAGCUAGGACUAAAAGUCCAGAAGUUAGCAGACCCCAUAGUCAGUGUCCUCGCAGACAACCGCACGAUGCGAAUCGAGGACUACGUAGAGGGAGUCCAGGCGUACUUUCGCCUAGAGAAAGAUGGGAAGGUGGAUAAAGUUCUCCAUUCCCUGACUCUCCUCGUACAGGAUGACCUUCCUUUUGAUGUAGUACUGGGAAUGGAUUGGGGAGAGGCAGCAGGGGCCACACUUCAUUUGAGAGAGCAUGAGUGUAGGCUCCCUAACCCGUCAAGCGAGUUUAAGACUGCCCGCCUGUUUCAUGUGUCAGGUGUGGACAACACCUUGGCACAUUGCUGUCUCAGUGCUCCCGUGUUCGCGCGGUUAGUGAAGAAGGAGCGAUUAGAGGAACAGGUCUUCGUAGUUUAUGUCAGACCUAUCACUGAGGCUAAGGAAGAGGUCACUUCCACAGAUCCAACAAUUGCCAAGCUGUUGGAAGAGUUUAAAGAUUUGACUGAGUCGCCGACAGGAGUAGUGUCGCGACCCAUCCAGCACAGGAUAGAGCCUGGCAGUAGAACUCCUAAGGGUGCAGUCUACAGGAUGUCCCCUAGAGAGUUAGAGGAGCUUUGCAAGCAGUUAGACGAGCUCCUCGAAAAAGGUUGGAUCAGGCCCAACUCGUCUCCUUUUGGUGCACCUGUCCUGUUCGUCCCAAAGAAGGAAGGAGAGCUUCGUAUGUGUAUAGACUAUAGGGGUUUGAAUGCGAUUACUGUGAAGACGAUCUUCUUGAUCGGGUGCAGGGUUGUCUUGGAGAAGUUGAGAGAGUCAAACUUCAAGAUCAACGCAAAGAAGUGCGAGUGGGCCAAAACGCAAGUCUUGUACUUGGACCACGUGUUAGAUGGAGACGGCAUUAAGCCAGAGGACAGCAAGAUCGCGGCAAUUAGAGAUUGGCCGACGCCCCGCACAUUGACAGAGUUGCGAUCGUUCCUAGGCCUAGCCAAUUACUAUAGAAAGUUCGUCAGGAACUUUUCUACUAUCGCCGCUCCCUUGCGCAGGUUGCUAAAGAAAGAGGCAAUCUGGCAAUGGGACAAAGACUGUACGUCUGCGCUUAAGAAGUUAAAGCGCGCGUUAAUAGAGUACCCUGUCCUCAAAGUUGCAGAUCCGUCGUUGCCAUUUGUCGUCACCACGGACGCGAGUCAGUAUGGGAUAGGCGCCGUGUUGCAGCAAGAUGACGACAAAGGUUAUAGACCCGUAGAGUUCAUGUCAGCGAGGAUGCCCUUAGAGAAGGUAGCCACCUCGGCGUAUGAAAGGGAACUCUACGCUCUCAGGCAGGCUUUAGAGCACUGGAAGCAUUAUCUGCUUGGGAGGCACUUCAAAGUUCUCGUCUCGUCGGUGACAUCCUUUGAGCUGGGAGGGUUUCUCAGAUUUACGAGUACAUGCGUGAUGUUUUCCGGCCCUCUUCUUCUACAUCGCUUUAUUGAGCAUGCUGGUGGAGCUAAGUACUUCGAGUUUGAAGGCUAUGCACUUGUCUUGGCACUGUUCCUCUCUAAGGUGCUGGAGGCACUGUGCGACCACCAUUUCAAUUUUCACUGUGCUCUUUUAGGAAUGCACGUACGGUCAGCGCUUGCAGCAGUUGUGUAUCAUAAGGGCCUCCGGCUCUCUAAUGUCUCACGUCAGAGCUACACUAUUGGAGAACUUGUAAACUACAUGGCAGUAGAUGCGCAGCGGUUGGCAGACCUAAUGGGACAGCUUCAUGGUCUGUGGAUCCUCCCCUUUCAGAUUGUGAUUGCUGUUUGCAUUCUUUUCAAGGUUGUUGGAAUAUCGAUGCUUGCCGGCAUAGGCGUGAUGAUCACCUUCAUGGCAAUCAAUUUUUUCAUUGCAAGAAGGCAGCGGGCAUUCCAGGUUGGGCUCAUGAUGAGCAAAGACAGCCGCAUGCGAGCCAUGAAUGAGAGUCUUAACAACAUGAAGGUUAUAAAGUUUCAUGCAUGGGAGGAUUUCUUCAGGCAGAAGAUUGAAGACUUGAGAGCAGUAGAGGCAGGCUGGCUUUCGAAGUACUUGUACAUGACAGCCUGGAUCAUCUUCUUGUUUUGGCUAUCACCUUUAGGAACGGCUGUGGCGACCUUUGGUGUGUGCGUGGUCUCAAAAACGCAUCUGUCGACAGCUCGGGCAUUCACAGCCAUUGCAACACUGCGAAUUUUGCAAGAUCCCUUGCGAAGGUUUCCAGAGGUAGGGUAUCUGUGCAAGGUCUCAUUUUAUUCUUUUGGCCAGAGCUUGGAUGCAAUUUACUGUUUCAUGGCAAAUUCAUGCCCAUUCGUGCGAUCCUGGCAUCCCAUCAUGCAUCAGAUGUAAAACCUGUCAACUUCUGCAUCAUGAAUGAUGAUCUCAUUCUUGCCUGGUCGCCUGGAGGUCAUUUGUGGUCUAAUGGCCUCAUGCAAAUUAUGCGCCUGGCUAUAGCACAUCCCUCUGAUGAUCGAGGAGCACUCUGACAUUGGCAAGCUUCGAAGCU